AUGUCAACCAAAGAUAUCGUUGUAUAUACUACUUUUGAAGAUUUCUAUCCAUUCUAUUUGAAGGAACAUACCAAUCGUACCAACAGACGUUUACAUUUCGUAGGUACUACAUUGGCAUUAUUGACAUUUUUUUCAAAUGACCAAUCCACUCUCUCAGAUAGACAACAAGAUGAUCAUAAUUUUUAUAACAACGCCCAAAUCACAUUGGAAAUCUAA